AAUGACGUUUAAUGUCAAUGUGUCUGUCGUUUGUUUGGCAAACAAAAUUUUCUUUUGUAUCUGAUGAUUUGUUAAUUCAUAUAAUAAUAAACCCUACCAAAGCAUAUAAUUAGAAGACUUGUGUUAUAACAAUAUUCUCAUUGUAAUCAAUUCGUAAAUUAAAAUGAAUGCACCACCCACGUUUGAAUCGUUUCUUUUAUAUGACGGAGAAAAGAAGGUUCAGAAAGAAGAGGACACAAAAGUUACAAAUGCUGCAAUAUUCACUGUAAACAAAGAAGAUCACACUCUUGGCAACAUGAUUAGGCAUCAACUUUUAAAGGACCCUAAAGUCCUUUUUGCUGGAUAUAAAGUGCCACAUCCAUUGGAACAUAAGUUUGUAUUGCGUAUUCAGACCACUUCUGAUUACACACCACAGGAGGCAUUUAUGAAUGCAAUAACUGAUCUUACAUCUGAGCUAUCACUAUUUGAGGAACGAUUCAAAGAAGCUAUCAAAGAAAAGAAGGAAGGAUUGGAUUGAAGUUCAAAAAAUAAAAUAUAGUUUAAUUACCUAUUUUAGGAAUAAGUGACAAAAGCUUUGCAAGUUACAUAAAAUUUAAAUUAUAUAACUUUUGAGAAUAAAAAUAUACUUGAUUUUGAAAGAACUUUUGUUCUCCGG